AUGUCAGAUUACACGGAUUACUUAAGGCAGCUCUACUACACUCCCGGUAAACCGGGGGCAUAUGCAGGCCCUGAGAAAUUAUAUCAGGCUGUUAAAAAGGAAGGCAAAUACAAAAUUGGUAGACGGAGGAUAAGACAGUUUUUAAACAAUGAAGAUUCUUAUAGUCUGUAUAAACCUAUUCGCAAAACAUUUCCACGUUCAAAGGUGAUAGUGAACACAAUUGAUUCUAUGUGGGAUGGUGACUUGGCAGACGUCUCAAACAUUGCAUCCCAUAAUGACGGUUAUAAAUUCUUAUUAGUGCUUAUCGACAUAUUUAGCCGAUAUUUAUUUAUAAUCCCCUUAAAAAGUAAACAUCAUCAAAACAUGGUUGACGGUUUAAAAUCAGUUUUUCAAAAAGGACGAAAACCGAACACCCUUAGAACAGAUAAGGGUAGUGAAUUCAAAAAUCGUUGGGUAAAGACAUUUCUGAAAAAAGAGGAUAUAAACGUUAUGUACACUCAAAAUGAAACAAAGACAAACUAUGCCGAGAGGGUUAUUCGUACCAUGAAGAACCUAAUGUAUCGCUAUUUCAUGAAGAACCGAACAUAUCGCUUUGUGAAUGUCUUGCAAGACCUAGUGAAAAGUUACAACGAAAGACCUCACAGAUCAUUAGGGGGGAAUGCUCCAGCAAAUGUAAACCAGCAAAAUGCCGAUGAAAUUAGACUCGCGGCUUAUCUGUCAGGGAAAACAAAACCAGCACUGGCAAAAAAGGAUCCGAAUCAGCCUAAGGACUCGGGCAAAAGAAAAGUGCAAAAACGAGUGAAACCCUUUUUCAAAUUAAAAAUUGGAGAUAAUGUCAGAAUAUCACAACUAAAACACCCAUUCCAAAGAGAUUACCAGCAAAAAUGGUCAGAAGAGUUUUUUAAAGUGAGUAAAAGGUACAAAAGAGGUCAAGUACCUGUGUACAAAGUAAAAGAUUUGACAGACGACCUUAUAGAAGUUACUUUCUACGAGUCUGAGCUUCAAAAAGUCGUAAAGUCGGAAGAUGGUUCUUACAGAGUGGAAAAAAUACUUAGAAGAAGACGUCGUGGUACAACCAAGGAAGUAUAUGUAAAAUGGGAAGGAUGGCCAAAGAAAUUUAAUUCAUGGAUUCCGGAAAGUUCUCUCGAAAAACAAUAA